CUUUUGUUCUCUUUUACUGUCGGAACAACUUGCCUCAGGGCUGUGCCGCACACUGAAUUGCCGUGCAGGGCUUGAUUCCACCCAGCGAUAACAACAUCUUGGCGCCACCUCCGCACAAAGAACCUCGACCUCAUCGAUGGGAUCCCCAACCCGCAUGCUCAGGCGCCUUCUUCGCCAAGUGCGGCGACAUGACUGGAGAUGUCUGAUGGCAUAUUCAGCGCUGAUCAUCCCAUCGGCUGCCAUCUUUCUGUAUCUUCUUCUGGCAUACUACCUCGCGGGAGAUCCGCGUCUUGUUCCACACACCAUCCAGCAAGCGCGGAACGUUCUCCUUGUCACGGCACAUCCCGAUGAUGAGACUCUGUUCUUUAGCCCAACUAUUCUUCACGGCCGCAACAACCCGGACGUCACCCGUUCCUUGUUGGUAUUAUCGACAGGCGACUAUCACGGCCAAGGAGAUAUCCGCAAAGGGGAGAUCGAACGCAGUUGCGCGGCUCUCGGCAUCCCCUCCGAUCGCUGUGUCGUCCUCGAGCAUGGUGCAUUACAGGAUAACCCAAGGAAGUGGUGGCGCCAAGAUGUCAUCCAGGAUAUAGUGGCCCAUUACGUUCACAUGUGGAAAGUGGAUCUAAUCUAUACGUUCGACGAUGGUGGAGUAUCCGGCCAUAUCAACCAUAGGGCCGUCAGUGCCGGAGUUCGGAAAUAUGCAGAGAGCUUUCCGCAUGCCCCGCCGGUCUACGCGCUACAGAGUACAUUCCUCCUGCGCAAGUACUCGUCGCUUAUUGAUCUAAUCUUGACAUCAGUGCCAUUCUCAUGGCGCAUCGGAGCAGCGGUCUUGACAGCCCCACCGGCGCCCACAGAGCAUGACACAUAUGGAAAUAAAGCGCUGCUGGUAAGCCCGUGGCAGACCUAUCUUACUGCGCGGACAGCAUUCAGUCAGCAUGAUAGUCAGUACUCGUGGGAUCGCGUGCUGUACUUGGUAGUGAGCCGUUAUAUGUGGUUCAAUAAUUUAUACCGGAUAGCCUAAGCGGAACUUCAAGUUCCUGUCAAAUAUUCUUUCACUAAGCAAAAUCAUUCGUCUCUAAUCAGCCAUCCCAACAUAGACUCAUGAGCAAUAUAUCUAUCUAAUAGUUACAAGUAAUUAUGAACCAUGUGCUUUCCGCAACAUCUCUAUCUCU